AGCGAAGUGCUGAGCCAAGAUGAAUGCAACUGAUAUUAAGAUGAACGGUUGCGUUCAGAAUAAUUUAUCAGAAUUCAGAAAUCACGACGGAAAUCCAGAAAUGAUUCGAGUGUGGUGUGAUGGAUGCUAUGACAUGGUCCAUUUUGGUCAUGCAAAUCAGUUAAGACAGGCGAAAGCAAUGGGUGAUUACCUAAUUGUCGGUGUUCAUACUGAUGAGGAAAUAACCAGACACAAAGGACCACCUGUUUUCACCGAGCAAGAACGAUACAAAAUGGUUAGAGCUGUGAAAUGGGUUGAUGAAGUUGUUGAAGGCGCACCCUACAUUACCACAAUUGACACACUUGACAAAUAUAAUUGUGAUUUUUGUGUUCAUGCAGAUGACAUAACUCUUGAUGCUGAUGGUCAAGACACAUAUCGAUAUGUGAAAGCUGCAGGUAGAUAUAAGGAGUGCCAAAGAACUGCUGGAAUUUCUACAACUGAUCUUGUUGGAAGAAUGCUUUUACUUACCAAGCAACAUCAUAACAGAGGGGAAAAGGAAUAUGGUAUUGACAAAGAACAUGCAGGAAAUAUAAGUAGAGAUUCAAGUACCCACAGUCCAUGGACAGGAAUAUCUCAGUUUUUACCAACAACUCAAAAAAUAAUUCAGUUCUCAGAAGGAAAAGAACCAAAACCUGGAGACAAAAUUGUUUAUGUUGCUGGUGCUUUUGACUUGUUUCAUGUAGGUCAUGUUGAUUUCUUGGAAAAAGCCAAAGCAGAAGGAGAUUAUGUUAUUGUUGGCUUGCAUACUGACCCGAUAGUCAAUCGCUAUAAAGGCAGUAAUUACCCAAUUAUGAAUCUGCAUGAAAGAGUCCUUAGUGUUCUUGCAUGUAAAUAUGUAAAUGAGGUUGUUAUUGGUGCACCUUAUGAAGUUACUGCCGAUUUAAUGAAUCACUUUAAAGUGGACAUUGUUUGUCAUGGGCAAACUCCCAUUGUGGAAGAUAUCAAUGGUCUUGAUCCUUAUCAUGAGGCUAAAGUACAAGGUAAAUUCAAAAGAUUAGAUAGUUCUAAUGAAGUAACAACUCAAAAGAUUGUAGAGAGAAUAAUUCAACAAAGGCUGGAAUAUGAAAAACGCAAUCGUUUAAAAGAAGAAAAAGAAAUUGCUGUGCUUGAUGCCUUAAAAAGAUUGUAACUUGUUUAACUGCUACAAUUCAAAAAGCUUAUUAAUCCUAAAUAUGUAUUGUUUGUUACAUAUAGAUAAUUUAUAUAAUAUAUUAAGCAAAAGUAUUUAAAUUAUGUGUUAUUUAGGAUAUUUUUUUAAGUGUUUCUUAUCUUCCACAUGUGACUGUGUAUUAUCCCCACAUUUCACUUGUAAUGCAGUUUAUUUAUUUAUUUUAUUAUUUCUAUUUUUGGUUUGCUGUGAAUAUUUGAACUACUAUAUUAAGAUAAUGAGAUGCAAUUUCUUGUUCUAAAUUGCUCAAGUCUUACUAUCACACAGUUUUAUAACGUUAAAUAUCACAGUUUUUUAUUGAGUAAACUUUUAAAAUGGUUUGCAUUUAUGUUAAACUUUUGAAACUUCUAAAAAAAUGUUUAAAUUUAAAAAUAAUUUCAGUGUUAUUUUUGUAGUCAUGUUUACUUAAAACUCAUUUUAAUUAAGCAUUAUGAGUUAUGUAUCCAAAAAAAAGGGCUAUAAAAUAACUGCUAUUUUUAUAGUACUUGAAAAAGUAUUCAACUUUUUUUUUCAUUUGUACUGUUUUUGUAAAAAUACAAAACUGCCGUUUAUUAUGAAGAAUUUUAAUAAUGAGUGUUUUACUUUUAUAAUUUCUUAUGCAACUACUGCUGUUUUUAACAUUUAUGAAGAAAGUGAAAUAUAUUCUUCUUUUAAUCUGUUUUAAUGAAAAUUUUAGAAUUUUGCUUUAGUUUCAAAUGCAGAUGUUUCCAAUGCAUAAAGUUAAAAGACAAACUGAUUUUUUUCCUAUUUAACAAUUACAUACAUUGUGCUCGUACUUCUUAUAAAGUUUUAAUUUCAGAAAUUUUUUCUUGAUUUAUCUGUAAAAACAUGCUUUUCCUUGAAAUUUCUCACAGAAUUGAAUUAUAGUUUCAAAGUGAAAAAUUGAUUGAUUCUUAAUAAUAUAAUUACAUAAAAUAAUAUCUUUAUGUUUUUUUCCAUGUCAAAAUGUUAGUGAAAUAGCUUUUAUUUGAAAUAUUCUUUUACCAUUAAUUUUUUCCAAAGAAAAAUUCACGCAUUAUACUUCUUAAACUGUUGUUUUCAAUUUAUGCAGAAAAUAACUGUAGUUAUCAUAGUUAUUUACUUUUUAACUUUAUUUUCGAAACAAUUCACCAUUUUUAGUAAUGUUUAUCUUUAAAAGAUAAAAUGUAAAACAUAAAUGUUUUUUGUACAUGCUCAUCACAUUACACAAAGGGAAUAAUUUAAGGGAAAAGAAUAAAUAUUCAUUAAAAAAUAGACAUAUAUAUUUUGAUUCAAGGUUUUUGUUAUAACUUUUAAAAUUUUAAUCAAACUUUGUUACGUUUCAUAAGAAAAGUUUUGUUUUCUACAUUCUUUAUCUUUUCUUUUUUCAAAGAUGAAAAAAUUCAAUGAAAUUUAUGUUAUUUUCAGUAACUUAUUUUAUUAUUUUUCAAUAUUACUGGGGUUACAAUGGAGGUCUAGUUCAAUUUACUUUUCUUAUUAUAAAGCCUUUAUUUUAUUUCUUAUGAUUGUAAAAUUAAGCUCUUGCCUGAGAUUAUUUGCAUUAUUUUUAGAAAAUGCUAUAUUGUAUAAAUAUGAUUCAAGAAUUGUCGUAUUAUUUCUCACUUUUCUUUACAUAUCACUUUUUUUCUCUGAAAAUAGUUUGAAUACCUAUCUAAACUUUAAGUUCAAGCUUUUAUAUUUUCUUUAAUGCCUUCGAUACAUAAAUUACAGUGUGCUUGCAAUAACACCCAUCUGUUACAAAGUCACACUUUUACUGGGGCAAAAGGAAAAACACUACUUUUGAAACUCCCACUGAAAAAUGUUUAUGAUUCACUUUCAUCUCCCUUGUUGUUGCACUUUUUGCAUUUUAAAGAUCAAAAAAUAGCUUCUCAUCAAACUAAGUCAAAUUAAAUUAUAAAGUAAAGUUAUUGUUAUUUCAUAUACCAAUGCUGUUUAAUUCUUAAUGUUUUAAAUACUUAAUUUUUUAUCAAAACUUAAUCCGAUAAAUUAUAUACAUAAAACUCGUGUUAAUACUAUUGAGUGUCUUGUUGCAUUUUGAACAAAGAGAGUGUUUUACCCUUUUAAUGUGCCAUUUCUUUCUGUCAAUAAGAUGAGAAAUAACUCAGAAUGUGCAAAAGACAUUUUAGUAUCACCCCAAACAGUUCAAACAACAAUGUUAUGAUGAAUCAGUUAUACAGUGUAACUAAUGUUCUUCUUUUAAGCCUCACAAAGCAGGUGUUAAUAUACUUUAUACCAUCAUGGCAAAAGUUUUGUUUUAAUAACUUUUUUUUUUUUUUAACUUCAGUUUUUUUUUUGUUUUUUUUUCAACACAUUUUUAUUGGCCUUUUUUUAUAUCCACAUUUUUAAUAAAGAUUGCUAGGUUUAAAAUUUUGAAAAAUAAUUGAAAUUGUGAAAAACAUUUUUGGUAGGUCACAUGGAAAGCAAGAAAACCAAAAAUCUUUCCUCUGUUUUGAACAACAGCGUUAAACUAAAUUUUAAUUUAGUCAACGGGAACUAAAAAUUCUUUGUUGUUGUAAAAUAAUAAAAAUAUUUAAAAUGAGAGUUUGGCACUAUUUAAUUCAUCUAUUGAAAGUGGAUUCACUGUCAAUAAUGAUUAAAUAAUGUUGAUGCACAAACACCACAUUUAAAUUUAUUUCUGUCUUACUCUCAUUUUUUGUGUUCUCCUGUAAACACUAUAAACAACUGAGGGGGAGAAACCCCUCAAUGUUGUCAGAUACCUUUUAAUUGUGUUGCCAUAAGUAAAAGGUAUCUGAUAAUUAUGAGCCAUAAACAAUGUCACUAUUUAUAGCAAAUUACGUUUUUCUGUAAAAAUAUUCUUUUGUAUCUUUGUGACAGAAACCUUAGUUAGGAACAAUUUUUAUAACUUAACAUAGGCAUUGGUAUUUGAAAUGAUUAGAUGACUCCUUCUAUUUCUUUAAUUUCUGCAUUUACAAUUUUAUCUAUGUGCAAUUAUCAUGUUUAUGCAAUUUGUAUAAAAAUGCUAUGUUUUAUUCAAAUAGUUGAGUCACAAUUGUAUUUUACCUGAUUAAAUCAAAAAACUCAUAUGCAGAAGGUUAAACAUUUUUGUAAAUAUUUUAUGAUCAAACUUCUGCUAUAUAUGUGUACUGUACAAUUUUAAAAAGAAGUAAUUCAAUUUAUGUUAUUUAUUUUUAAACAUUGAGAUAAUGAGUCAAUGUUUUUAUUUACUUGGUUGCUUGCAAAUAAUACCGAAGGGAAGAGGUGGGGUAUAAGGCUCAUAAUCAUCAAUGAAGCAGUAUAUAUAUGUUAUAACUGACAUCUCUGCCUUCACAUAUAAUACAUAUUUUCAUUAUACAAAUGCUUGCCACUUAAAUCAUAUUUGCAGUCAAUCAAUUACAAAAAACAUUGAUUGCAUAAAUCAGUAAUUACAAUGAAACUAGUCAUUUUGCUCAAACCUUUUUAUCAACACUAUUGAACUCAAGGAGAAAUAAUAUUUAUGUUUAUAUAUAUAUAUAUAUAUAAAGCUUGUUUUUAAUAAAAUUGUUAGUUGACAAUUAAUAAUUUAACUGAUUAGUAACAAUGUUUUAAGUUAGCCGAACUCAAAUUUGAGCAUGUCUGAAUCAAAGCUUGGUUGAUGGAAACAUUUGGUCAGAUGUUUUUAACUGGAACAUAUAUAAAGUAUGCUUUUAUUAAGAGCCUCAUUGUGCAAAUUCAUAACAAUUAAAUAUACUAGUCAUUUUAGUCUGAAAUUUUUAUUAUUAGCAAAAAAUGCCUGGAAACUUUUAUUUCUUAUAUUGUGUAUUAUAAGUUUACUUUUAUUAUAAAAAAACGACCUUUUUUGAUAAGAAAUGCAUUUUUAUUAAUGGAGAAACUAGGGGUUUAAUAUAUGUUUAAAAAGUUUAUUGAUUAAUAAAUUUGGUUAUUUGUACGUAUCAUUUUUUUAUUUUCCUCAAAAGACUUUGGAAGGGAAAAAAAUGCUUUAUUAGUAAUUGCAUUUGAAAUUCAUCCUCUUAAAGUAAGGCUGUAACUACUUUACAAUCUUUUCAACAAGUUU